CCAUUCACGAACCUGAACGAGUUCAAUCAUAUUUAUUACGUCAAUACGCAGAGAUAAUCUCAAACUGAGUGGCGUUUUAUUGUUUUAUCACAAAUAACUUUUUUCCCUCACUCAAAUUUCUGAGGAGGCAAAAGACAGAGAACCUGACGCCAUUAAAAUACGUAGGAAGAAGACAAACUCUAAUAGAACUAUGGCGGAUGAAGAAGGUUUCAAGAGAGAUAAGUAUUUUUAUUUGAGAAAAUUUACGGAUCUGGAGGAGCAGCUGGAGAGAUGUCAACUCAGACACGUGGAGAUGGAGAAGCAGAACCGCGAGCUCACCGCUCGCUACGGCGCGCUGGAGAAGGACAAGAAGAAGAUCACGGAGGAGCUCAAGAGCCGCGGGGCCGCGAAGAGGAAGGAGGCGGACGAGCUGGUGGAGCAGCUGCAGCUGCAGCCGCAGGACGCCGAGCAGGACAAGGUGGCGCUGAAGCUGCAGCACCAGCAGACGCUGCAGGAGCUGAGGGCCGAGCACGGACAUCACUCCGAGAUCCUGAGCUCGCAGGCGAUGAAGCUCGAGGAGCAGAAGGAGAAUCUGAUGAUGCCAUUCUCGGACGCCGACUCUCUGAAGGAGAAGCUGGUGAGUGAGCAGGAGGCGCACGACGCCGUCGUCCGAAACAUGGUGAUCGAGUCGCUGCUGGAAUCGGUGAUGGACUCGUCGCUGGACUUGGCGCUGGAGAAGGAGGAGAAAAAUCAGCUGCAGCUGCUGCUGAGCAACAACAGGAUCCUGGAGAACGAGCGGGACGUGGUGCGAGACAGGGUGACGGGCCAUUGUUUCAGGAGGGACGUCCUGAGGAAACAUCUCAGCAAGAUUACCACCGAAUACUACAGGUGCCAGAAGGAGGUGGAGCAGAUGAGGAGGAGGCACCACCAGCUGUCGAUGGCACUGAAGGACCAGAGCAGCAUCCACCAGCACAAGCAGGUCAAGAUUCAGGCUCUCAGAAGCCGUCUGGCCUCGGUGUCGGCUGCUGCGCGCCACGAGAGUGCCAACAAGAUGGACCUGCUGGCGACCGAGCUCCAGCGGGAGAGGAGCAGGAUCAGGGAGCUGGAGGAUGUCGGGCGGGAGGCGGCCGUCGCACUCAGACACAUCUUGACGGAAUCAGAACACAAGACGUCAGACAUGCAGAAGCUGCUGGAGCUCAUGGAGAGCGUCGUCCCCGAGGGAACAGACGCCGCCUUCAUGGGCCCCGAAGCAGCCAGCGCGAAGAAGUCCAGCUCAGACGAUCCGACGCCUCCGGCUCCUCAGCGAGUUGUUUCCAUGGACAAAUCCACUCAGCUGUAGGAAAAUAAGAGUUUUGGUCGGACUGUUGAUCUGUUUGUGUAGAUUUGAACAUUUAAUGAUUGCAAAUGUUUUUUUGGCUUGUUUUUUGCAACUAUUAGAAUGAGUCUAUUGAUUAAUUGUUUUUAAUGAAUUGAUAAUUUAGUCUAUUUAUUGUUGGGUUAUACAAAAUGUUUGAGAUAUGUUAUUUACAGUCUGACAUUCCUUUUGUUCUUGUUGUUUGAAAUUUGUUUGUGAUAGUAAAUUAACUCAUAUAAAACUAAACUAGGAACAGAAUUGGUUGUCAAAUAAUUAUUUCUUAAUUUUUAAAUUUAUAGUUUCCGCCCUACUUAUUAAUACUGAUGAAGUGUUAUGUUAUGUACAGAUACGGUUAAUGAUGAAAUCUUCUCGAGACGUGUUGUGGUUUGUGGAGACAGAGUCUUCGCAGGAAGAAUAAAAUCAUUUAAAUAAUG